GUAGAGACGUCGCCGUGAACGGGGUUAUUCAGUUGAAUGUAAGAGCUUAGCGUGAUGAUGCUAAGCUAACUGUCAGCCAGGUUAUCCGCGGGUUUUGCUGCCGAACUUAGCCACCGGAUGCUCCCGGUCACAUCUUACUGGCCGUCUUGACAUUCCUUCAACAUUCCUGGACGAAUUCGUGUCGACUGACCAGAGUCCGCGAAUUCAAGUCCACUCCUGAUCUAUAACCUCUUCCCCCCCCCCGACAGUGUCUUAGCUCGCCGGCUAACCCGGAGAACCGGACUGACGAGAAGAGUUACACUUAAGGACCACACCCAGGCAAGAUGUCCCUUCAUCAGUUUCUGUUGGAACCUAUCACCUGCCAUGCUUGGAAUCGUGACAGGACACAGAUUGCCAUUAGUCCUAACAACCAUGAAGUUCAUAUCUACAAGAAGAGUGGCAACCAGUGGGUGAAAACCCAUGAACUGAAGGAGCACAAUGGUCACAUAACAGGUAUUGACUGGGCUCCCAAAAGUGACCGUAUAGUGACGUGUGGAGCAGACCGAAAUGCCUAUGUGUGGUCUCAGAAAGAAGGAGUGUGGAAGCCCACACUGGUCAUCCUCAGGAUCAACCGAGCGGCCACCUUUGUCAAGUGGUCACCACUAGAGAACAAGUUUGCUGUUGGCAGUGGAGCUCGACUUAUCUCUGUCUGCUACUUUGAGUCUGAGAAUGAUUGGUGGGUGAGUAAGCACAUAAAGAAGCCAAUCCGCUCCACCAUCCUCAGUCUAGACUGGCAUCCCAACAAURUCCUCCUGGCAGCUGGUUCAUGUGACUUUAAAUGCAGGGUUUUCUCAGCCUACAUUAAGGAGGUGGAGGAGAAACCAGGCCCCACACCCUGGGGCAGCAAGAUGCCAUUUGGGGCCGUGCUAGCAGAAUUUGGGGGAGCAGGGGGAGGGGGAUGGGUUCACUCUGUUUCUUUCUCAGCCUCUGGGAACCGUCUGGCCUGGGUCAGCCAUGACAGCACUGUUACUGUGGUAGACAGCUCCAAGACUGCCAGUCCCUCACAGCUAAAGACAGAGUUCCUUCCUCUCCUCAGCGUCAUUUUCAUCUCAGAGAACAGUCUAGUAGCAGCAGGCCACGACUGUUGCCCUAUGCUGUUCCGUUGUGACGAUGGUGGAACAAUGACRUUUGUGUCGAAGCUCGACCUCCCCAAGCAGAGCAUCCAGAGGAACAUGUCGGCUAUGGAGCGCUUCAGGAACAUGGACAAGAGAGCCACCACCGAGGACCGCAACACAACCCUGGAAACACUGCACCAGAACAGCAUCACCCAAGUGUCUAUCUAUGAAGGGGACAAAAGGGAUUGUCGCAAGUUCUGCACCACAGGCAUAGAUGGAGCGAUGACCAUUUGGGACUUCAAGAGCCUAGAAGCUUCUAUCCGGGGUCUGCCCAUCAUGUGAAGACUUUAUAUGAAUGAAUGAAGAGACACUGCGAGCUCCCUUUUCCCUCUCGCUCACUCCCCCCACCCCCCUCUCUAUCUCAGCCUCUCCACCCGUGUGACGCAGCCAGUAACGUACAUAACUGACCACCUUAUUGAGUGUCUGCUAAAGCACUGAUCAGACCAUAUAUACACUCGUGUGAGUGUGUACUUACAUGCUCACAAUUACACACACACACACUCUCAAAACACAAACACUAAACACACUAAGCUGACGUGUGAGAUCACUGAUUAUAUAUAUUUUUUGUUUGCUUUUAAAUGAAGAUUAACCAGGUGUAAAGUGGGAUGGUUUUCUGACACGUAAUAAACGUGAUGUGAAGUGUGUGUUUUUAUGUUCUCUAACCUCCAGUACCAAAAGCGAAACACUAAACGGUGCGUUUUAUCCAAAAAUCAGACUGUAUUUCACCUCGGAGCAACCAUGACAUGAUAUUUCAAUAUAGGUGUUGAGUACUGUACGUUCGGUGAUGGGAUCUGUUUUCUCACUGGAGGAUGGUAUCUCUUUCAGUUGGUGAAAUUAGUUUUUUUUUUUUUUGGUUUAAGACCUGGGCUCAUGAAUAUUCUGAGUACAUGUUGAUGGUUUUCUGUUAAAACCUGUACAGAAUCUGACGGUGAAAAGAAGGAAGAGGCUGUUUCAACUGUGUGUGGAGUCAUGGCUGGCCAGCAUUGGGCUCUGUAGCUGAAACACUAGAAACACACACGAUGGAGGAUUUCUAUGUAACUGAUCAUGAGUUAGACAUGAAAUAAAGAUGAAGAACAUUUACACAACA